AUGAGAAAAGUGCAGGAUGAGGAAAUAACGGAUGACGAGCACCUGGAAGAGAACGUCCAUGCCAAAAUUGAGGAAGAGAAACUGAAGGAAGAAGAGGAGGAAGAAGAGGAGGAAGAAGAGGAGGAAGAAGAGGAGGAAGAAGAGGAGGAAGAAGAGGAGAAAGAAGAGGAGAAAGAAGAGGAGAAAGAAGAGGAGAAAGAAGAGGAGAAAGAAGAGGACGGAGAAGCAUCUGAAGAAGAACCACGGUCGGACGACACUGCUCAAGCAGAGGACCCAGAUCAGAAUCCUCAAGAUUCACAGAAAUCUAAGCAGGAUGUUCAGCCGGUUGUCCCUGAGGCACCUCAAUCUCCAGGUUCAGAAGCUGCUCCUGCUGCCCAACUCGGUCACCGGAUAAACCAGCCUAAUAUUACUUCAUACCUCCCCCUUGCUCCUGCCGUGCUUGGUAUUUCUAUUAUGAGCUACUUGCUAUGGAAGUACUUUAGAAUGCUUCGUAAAACAAGAAAACGUUACAGAAGAGCUCAUCAAGGACGUGGUCCAUCCUUAGAACAGCAGACUGUUGACCAUGUGGACGACCAAGAUGACGGUCCACAUGCAUAUACCUUAGUCAAGGAACGAAGACAUCCUCGUUCUACGCCAAUAAAAAGGAGGAAAACACGGGGCGUUGAUCGUCUUGCUGGUCGUCGUGGUGUACGUCACCGCAUGAUUAUUGAUAUUCAUUUAGAAGUCUUAGACGAAUGUCAAAAGGGGGACACCAAACUGGCACAGGAAUACUUUUUUGAAAUUUUGGUUAAAGAAUUUAUGGGAAGCGAAUUCAUAAAAGAAGACUUUGUUCCUAAGGAACAAGUUCCAAGUUCAGAUUUCGGGUUUAGGGAAGGAAGACUUUGUUCCUAA